AUGAACGGCCCCCUUCCUUCUACGAGGGCUUUCAUCUCCGAUAUCCCGUCUCUCCCAACUGACUCAAAGAUUCGCUUUCUUGGUUGCGUCAAAACCUACCAUAUCCCUUCAGGCCGUCUGAUCCUUGAACACAACUAUCCGCGGGCGACAAAAAAGUCCCAGUCACAGCAGAAGCGGGAAAUCCCGUCUGUCGCCGUCGACGUUAAUGCUGUUCUCGAAACGGUAACGUGGGAGCAGCUAUGUGUUGGUGCCUGGGUUACAGUCCUGGGCUAUGUGCGUAGGGGCUCAUCUGCUGCCGGCGCUGCUUCUACUGCAGGGGAUGGUGGAAAAGGGGGAUCUACGUCAAUGUCAACGUCUGCUCUUGCAUCACCAUUAUCUGAACCUGACUUGGUAUCUGUUGAUGCCGUCGUGAUACUCCCAGCUGGUGCGGUUGAUCUGGGCGAGUAUGAGCGGAUCCUGUAUGAUGCCCAGGAGGUGGAGAGGAUGAGGCGCAUAGGGUGA